UCUGGGAGAUCGCCUUGUUCUUCUUUUAGUAUUUCUCCCCAAGGUCUUUCUUUACCCUUUCCUCUUUUUCGCACUGUGUCACUCUUCGCACCAAUUUGAUCCCCUCUGUAUUGCCACUCGAUAGAGACACGGGGACUUUUCACUUCACUUCUUUCCUUUUGUCCUGUACAGAAGAAAAGAAAAUUUCCAGUGUUGAACAAUCGUCGAUAACGUCUUCUGAAAUACCGCAAAUAUGGCCGACAGCUUGAAGAUGGGAAACCUUUCCCUCAACGAGUCUCAACACGCUCCUGCCCCUGCUCCCUCGACGGGUCGCGCCGCUUACAUCCCUCCUCAUCUUCGCCAACGCCAGGUUGGUGGAAACAUGGACGGUGCUGCCCCUGCUCCCGCUCCUGCUGCCGGUGUCCCUGCCGGUCCUGGUAACUCCUGGGGUGGUCCUAGAGGCGGUCCCCGUGGUGGCAACUGGGCUAACGCCAACGCCCCUGAUUUCAGCCCUCGCGGUCCCAAUGGUAACACUAGCUGGAGCCCUCAAGAAGCUCAACGUCGACCUUUUAACCCAAAUGCUUACGGAAACCCAGGUCACGGAGGCUCCUACGGAGGAGGUGGCAGUGGUGGUGGUUCUGCCCGAGGCUCUGGAGACGGCCAGUGGCGUGACGGCAAGCAUAUCCCCGGUCCCGCCAAUGCCCGUCUGGAACGCGAACUGUUCGGUGUUCCCAACGAUCCCACCAAGCAGAAUACCGGUAUCAACUUCGCCAACUACGACGACAUCCCCGUUGAAGCUUCUGGUCAGGAUGUCCCCGAGCCGGUUAACGCUUUCACCAACCCCCCCUUGGAUGACCACCUUAUCGAAAACAUCCGCCUCGCCCACUAUCAGACUCCCACGCCCGUUCAGAAAUACUCGAUCCCGAUUGUCAUGAACGGUCGCGAUUUGAUGGCUUGCGCCCAGACCGGUUCCGGAAAGACUGGUGGUUUCCUGUUCCCUAUCUUGUCUCAGGCUUACCAGAACGGUCCCUCUCCUGCUCCUGCCCAGGCCUCCGGUCAGUUCGGCUACGGUCGCCAGCGCAAGGCGUACCCGACUUCCCUCAUUUUGGCCCCCACCCGUGAGCUUGUCUCCCAGAUCUUUGAUGAAGCUCGCAAGUUCGCCUAUCGCUCCUGGGUUCGCCCUUGCGUUGUGUACGGUGGUGCCGAUAUCGGCUCUCAGCUCCGUCAGAUCGAGCGUGGCUGUGAUCUGUUGGUCGCUACCCCCGGUCGUCUUGUCGAUCUUAUUGAGCGUGGUCGCAUCUCUCUGGUCAACAUCAAGUACCUGAUUCUUGACGAGGCUGAUCGCAUGUUGGACAUGGGUUUCGAGCCCCAGAUCCGCCGCAUUGUGGAGGGCGAGGAUAUGCCCCACGUGAACGACCGCCAGACCCUCAUGUUUUCCGCCACUUUCCCUCGGGACAUCCAGAUGCUGGCUCGUGACUUCUUGAAGGAUUACGUCUUCCUGUCGGUUGGCCGUGUGGGUUCUACUUCCGAGAACAUUACUCAGAAGGUUGAAUACGUUGAGGACCACGACAAGCGCUCUGUCCUGCUGGAUAUCCUCCACACUCACGGCACCAGUGGUCUGACCCUCAUCUUCGUCGAGACCAAGCGUAUGGCCGACUCCCUUUCGGACUUCCUCCUCAACCAGCGUUUCCCUGCCACCGCCAUUCACGGUGACCGUACCCAGCGCGAGCGUGAGCGUGCUCUGGAAAUGUUCCGUUCCGGCCGCUGCCCGAUCCUUGUUGCCACCGCCGUUGCUGCUCGUGGUCUCGAUAUCCCCAACGUUACUCACGUCAUCAACUACGACCUGCCUACUGAUAUUGACGACUAUGUUCACCGUAUUGGUCGUACCGGUCGUGCCGGUAACACCGGUAUUGCCACUGCUUUCUUCAACCGUGGCAACCGGGGUGUCGUCCGCGACCUGAUUGACCUUCUGAAGGAGGCUCACCAGGAGGUCCCCUCGUUCCUCGAGAGCAUUGCUCGUGAGGGUAGCGGCUACGGUGGUCGUGGUGGCCGCGGUGGCCGUGGCCGUGGUACGAAUGCCACCCGCGACAUGCGUCGUAUGGGCGGUGGCAUGGGCGGCGCUCCUUCCUUUGGCGGCAGCGGCGGCAGCAGCUACGGUGCCCCUGGCGGCAGCUACGGCGGUAGCGGUGGCAGCUACGGCGGUCCUCCCUCUUACGGAGGCAGCGGUGGCUAUGGCGGCGGCGGUGGCGGUAGCUACGGUGGUAGCUACGGCAACCCGUCUGGCCCUACCGGACCUUCUUCCUGGUGGUAAAUCACUCGCUACUAGGACCUAGAGGUUGUGGUCUGUGACGAGGCCGUCGGGUUUGAUUGGCUCCUUUUUCUUCACUUGCCUCUCCUUUGACGGAUACGAUCAGAACGAGCCCUGAGUUUUCUUUUUCUUCCUCUAUUCCUAUUGUUUCUCAGGA